AUGUCCGUAGCCUCGAUUCCCGACACCUCGCUUGGCCUCACCUCCUCCGAGAUCCAGAUCCUGCGGCAGCAACAGCAGAUUGCUCUACAAGGUGGUCAUACCGGAAAUGGGGCUUCCAGGGGCAGGGGCACUGGGCGGACGAGCAACUCCAGCUCGCGCGCUGCCAGUGCCGCCAGCAGCCACGGCCGAUUGCUGCUGGACCCCAUGAGCCUUCGGGCGCUUUCGCAUCAGUUAGACGGACUACAGCAGCAGAUUCAGAAUCGCCUCGAAUAUUUGGAGGAUCAAAUGCAACUUUCUAUACAAAAUAGUUAUGACCGGGCCGGAAACGUUAUUCGCAAUGCUGACGCCGAAAUCGCCCGUACUCGUGCGAUACUGACCUCAAUUGACGACUUGGAGAACGAGCUUGCGAAAAUCGGUCACAUCAGAGAAAUCGUGAAAACCUAUCGUGGCCGAAUAGAGGGUUUGGACCAACGCCUUGACCAAGCUGCUCGCCGACGACGAUGA